GCCGGUCAGCAACAAUCCAGACAUUGACAAGGUCACGGGUCCAUUCGCAACUCAGCAGUGUACGCUUUAUGUGUUCUUGCAACGGCCCAAAUGGCCCACCCAGAGUGCUUGGCAAGCCAAGCAGGCCAAAGCAGAGGCUUUGGAAAAGCUGCUAAAGCUCAAGCCAAGCACUUAG